AUGCGGAUCCGUUAUCCGUUCGCGGGAGCUUUCGUCUUCCUUCUCAUUCUUGCUGGAUAUAUUGGUCUUCUUCCACACAGCGUCUCAUCGACGAUUCCCACAAAUCUACAGCCUAAUGACAAAUUUCUCCACUUGCUCACCUUUUUCCUCUUGUCUUUGACAUUCUACUGGAUCCUCGACACCACUCGCCGACGUACCUUGCACUUGACUCUCCUGGUCUGCACUCUUGGCCUCAGUAUUGGCUCUGAAGUUGUCCAGGGUUUCCUCCCCAAUGAUCGUCCCUUCGACCCAUUUGAUAUCGUUGCCAAUGUGGUCGGAAGUCUCGGCGCCGUUGGUCUGUGCGGCUGGUACCACCGCCGGAUGCUGGAUCGUCGCCGGAAGAGCCGUUUUGGAAUGACGGAGGGAGGCGAAGAUGUUGAGCUUGGCACUGGAAUGAACCAUUCUGAGCGUGACGAUGAUGGCCUCGGUCCGCAGGAAUCGGGCGUCAUGUCUCUAGAACGGGAAGUAGAUCAAUGGGACGAAAAUGCCGUUGAUAAUUGGGAUACUGAGGAUGGUCCCGGGCCCUCUGAGCCAUCAUCAUCUCCUCCGAGCUAUCAGGAAGACCGGAAAGCCAACGCUGCGAGUGGUCUGCCGGUCGUGGAACCUGCGGGCAAGCGCAGUGAUUGA